AUGGCCCAAAACAGGGCCAAGACAUCCUGCCGAACAUUGCCGAACUUUUCCUUAGAUGAGAAUUUAAGAUUAUUUAAGAUCAGUCCCAAGCCGCAGAUUGCAAGUUUGUUUUGGUGUGCCACCUUUGCCUGGAAGGCAGUAGGCGAAAAGCGCCUGGCGGUACCGGUACAUUCCUUGGAUAUCGCACAGAGCUCCCAACAGGUAGAGUACACAAUGACCUAUUGCAAUUUUUGCGUCAUGCCAGGCCCGGCGUCUCUGGAACAACCACUGGAUGGCCAAGCACAAAAAACCCCGGACCAGCCAGGCUGUUUCCGCAGUGGUCGCUGA